CGUGCCCACUUCCAAAACCACAGAGUUGCAAUCGUCUCCGUUGCCCGUGUCGAGCGCUACGAUACGCUCGACGGCCCUUCCCGUAUUAUGAAUUCCUGCAGAGGGCACUGAGUGCAAACCGGUUCCGUCCAGCACUGUGCUCUGAGACUGUUUCGUCUUCACCCGUCAGUUGUUUUCGAGUCGCACUUUUCGACACUUGUACUGAAAUUUUUAUUCGUCACCGACGUUUUCAUCGUAAAAGGUAUAGCUAUGCAACGUCCAUCUCGUCAGAUACAACCACGUGCUGCUGGUGCCCCGCAGCUAAUAGCCCCUAGGCUUAUUGGACCAAGACCUGUAGUAUUCAGCUAUGACAAUACAGCUCAUAGGCAAAAUCCAAUAGCAAGAAUGCAACACAUUACGGGAGGAAUUAACACUUUGGGUGCAGGUGUACCUAUGCUACGUCCAUCUCGUCAGAUGCAGCCACGUGCUGCUGGUGCCCCGCAGCUAAGAGCCUCUAGGCUUAUUGGACCAAGACCUGCAGUAUUCAGAUAUAAAAAUACAGCUCAUAGGCAAAACCCAAUAGCAAGAAUGCAACACAUUACGGGAGGAAUUAACACUUUGGGUGCAGGAAGUUCUGGGCAGCCAGUAAAAUUGUUGGCAAAUUAUUUUCAAAUCCCUUCGUUUACAAAUUGGUGUUUGUAUCAGUAUAAAAUUUAUUUCAAUCCUGAAGAAGAUAGAAUUGAUACUAAAAGAGACUUAUUAUGUCAGCACCGAGAACGUUUGGGAAUAUAUUUAUUUGAUGGUUCAAUGUUGUUUUCUGGAAGUCGAUAUGAUCCACCAACUUUUGAUCUUACAUCUAUACGUCACCAAGAUGAUCAAAAGGUUGUUAUUACAGUGAAAUUUACAAAUGUAAUAGAAACUGGGGAUAACGCCAACAUUCAAGUGUUCAACUUACUUGUAUGUAAUUCCCUUCGACAGCUGAGUCUAACAUUAGAUGGAAAUGGCUUUUACAAUUCACGAGCUAAAAUUGAUAAGGUUCUACACAAGCUUCAACAUUGGCCAGGAUACGAAACAACCAUUGGCAAACCAUUGGUACAACACAGAAAUAAUUACACACCUAUGAAAGAUAUGGCUAUAGAUACCCCUUUGAUUCCCAAAGAACGCAUAGAUAGACUUACAAAUUUGGCAAAUCGCCUUGAUGAUAGAAAUACACUUGAUUUUGUUACUAAAUUGAAGGAAUGGAAUCUGACAUUAAGUAAUAGACUUGUUGAACUAACUGCUCGAACUUUACCACCAGAACCGAUUCUUAGUCGUACUCGAGGGUAUAAUGGUGGUAAUGAAACAGACUGGACAAGGCAUUUACGUGCUUUACCAAUGUUCACCUCUGCAAUUGUGAAGCAUUGGGUUAUUUUAGCUCCGAGAGACUGUUGUAAAGAAGUUGAUGCAUGUGCUCAAUCUUUUUUAAAGGCUGCGCAAGGAAUAACAUUUACAUUAUCUAGGCCUGUCAUAGUUCCCAUGAAUGAUGGCCGAGUCAAUACAUUUUUAACGCAUAUUGAACAAGUAAUCAAUGAAUCGAAUCCAACAUUGAUUUUAUGUGUUAUUCCAUCAGCACCUGAUGAUAUUUAUAGUUUGAUUAAACGUAAACUAUGUAUUGAUAGAGCAGUACCAUUCCAAGUAGUACUGUUGAAAAAUGUGCAUAAAAACAACUUUUCAAUACUCGUAUGCACCAAGAUUACUAUACAAAUGAAUUGCAAAUUGUAAUAUAUAGUUUUUGUAUGCUUAAAGAAUAAGGGAUUCAACUUAUUAAUUCUUUUUAUGAAUUAAUAUUUAAAUAUUUUCAUUUUAUUUAUUUUUAAUAAUAUUGUAUGA